AUGUCCGACCUCGAGGGAAGUACCGAGAAUGAAACCUCCAGAGCAUCCUCGUCCUCUCCUAUGGAAGACAUCAAAAUGUCCCAGCCUUCUGACGAGGACUCGGAUGCCUAUAUGAGUGAUUCCCGAAACGACGUGGCAGAGAACGUCGACUCGCUUGAAGAGACCACAGCAUCCCAGGCGAGGAGCCCUGCGGGCGACGCGUCGAGUGAUGACGAGGAUGAAGCACCGGUCGAAAAUCCCUCGACAGAUAUCUGUGGAGAUCUUGAGAACGCGUUGGACGGAGAACUCUCCGAGACGUUCACCGGUUCCUUUGCAUAUGAGAGAACAUACUUGGACGCUCCUAUCCCGGGCCUCAACCUUCUCGCAAAUGAUAUUGGCCCAAUUGGCCUUCCCCUCAACGAGCGUGAGGCAAACAUCGUCAAGUCGGGCUGCAAGCAAGCCCCAUUCGGGAAGGGCGAGCGAACCGUCAUUGAUAAGUCCGUGCGCGAUACAUGGGAAAUGGACGCUAGCAUGGUUCAGUUCAACAAUCCCGCCUGGAAUGACUAUGUAGGCCGCGUCCUUUGGGAUGUCUGCAAUGCUCUGGGUGUCGACAUGAAGGUCAGCAAGCCUCACUGCGAGCUAUACAAGCUGCUUUUGUACGAGACUGGCUCACACUUCUUGCCGCAUGUUGACACAGAGAAGGUCGGCACCAUGUUUGCCACCAUUAUUAUCGUGCUCCCUUCGCCGUUUACCGGAGGCGCGGCGCACCUCUCGCACGGGAAUCUGUCUGAGGUAUUCGACUGCUCCGCCAACAGUGCCCACCAGACGACGGUCCUCGCCUGGUACACGGACGUCAAGCACUCAAUCAAACCCAUCACCUCGGGCUACCGCCUCGCGCUCUCGUACAACGUCUACCACACAAAGAACGCCCUCCGACCGUCCCUGCCCACAAACCACUCCGCCGUGACCGCCCUCCGCCACGUCCUGCUGUCAUGGAAGCAGAUGAACCGCCUUGACGCCCCGCGGAAGAUGAUCUACCUCCUCGACCACCAGUACAGCCAGGCGAACAAGAAGGGCAGCGCGCUCAAGGGCCUCGACGCUCACAAGAUGGCUAUUUUGCAGAUGCUGGCGAAGCAGCAUGGGUUCCGGCUCGGGCUCGCGAGUCUGGAGACGUACAUCGCCGGCUCCGCGGAUGACGAGUUUGGUGGGUAUGGUGGGUAUUCGGGGAGAGUGUCUUUUGGGGACGUGGGAGAGCAGACGACCAAGAUUACGAACUUGACCGAUCUGGACGGUCAUUUUAUCAAGGAUGUGGUCGAUUUCGACGAGGAGAACAACGAGUGCAUCCCGAGGGAGCUGACGGACGCUGUAGAGAAUGGGAAGGUAGACAAGGAGGAAUAUGAAGGCUAUUCAGGCAAUGAAGCAGGCUCUUUAGAGCGAUGGUAUAGGCGCACCGUACUGAUAAUAUGGCCCCUCAAAUUCGACAUCAACAAGACCCUCAACGACGACGUCGAAGACGCGAUCCAGCAGCUGAACAAAGUAACUACAAACACGGCCCGUAAAAGCGAUCGCCAUUUUGUCGAAUUUCUCUUCGACUAUAUGGAGGCAGCAGACUCCAAGCAUAGUGGUAUUGCGCCGGCCAUUUGCCACGCCGCUUGCCAGUGGUCUGACUGCGACUUGUUCCUUGAGGUGCGCGAGACGUGUGGCAUCCAUGGUGUGGGGUCUAUAGCUCCUGCAGACGUCGCGUCGGCUGCUCAAGCAUUCGGCUUGGACACGGUGAAGCCGUUCGUAGAAGAUAUGCUGUCAACCGAAAAGCUCAACGCGCGACGUUUCCAGUUCCUCGAUAAUUUGGAAGCGACGUGCGCGACGUUGGAUGAACCGCUCAAAAGCCAGGUACUCGAGUGGCUCGCAGGCCAACGCAAGUGGUGCUUCGAGCAUCUGUUGCCAUUCCAGAAGGACGACAAGCAGUUGCUUCUCGAAACCGCCUACUUGAACGGAGGCUUGCCUCUGCUGCGAGACACAUUCGUGCCCCAAAUCAAAGCGAUAGCAGGCCCGUCCUUCAUCUCCAGAUUCGCCAUGCAGCUGCACGCCGAGUUGCUCAAGGCCGACACCACAGAAGACGACAAGGCCGCGCUCGCGCAGAUCGUCAGCAACCUAUUGACCACGGCCAUAUCCAAAGUCGACUUCUUCGCGAAGACCAAGGAGAUCGCCCCGCCACGCCCAUCCUAUACAUACUACAGCUCCCAAAAGGCCUCCAAGGUACCGGACCCCCAGACGACGAUGCGAUACAUCGACAUGUGUCUGCGUACCGGCAAUGAUGGCCUGGUGGAAGCUAUUGUCGGGCGUCUGACGGAUGUGGCUGGGGUGGCUCCUGCCGUUUUAUACGAGCGGGCUGAUGGCGUUCUUUUGCCCCUUCUCCCACUGGUGGUGGCGAAGAUGGAUGCGCGGCCGGCGAAUGCGCCUGUCGUACCCGGGAUGCAAAAGCUGUUCGACCAGACCAUACAGAUAUACUUGGGAUCUCUGUCCCACGCAAAUCCGUCGGAAGAGAACGUUCGAACGCUCAUCCAACUUUGCAUUUUGCGCAGGGGGACAGGGCUUCUGGUCAAUACCAUCUGGCCCGCGCUGAAGCACACGCAUUCGAGCGUCAUGCUCGCGUUCUUGCGGGAGGUAAAGGAGAAGAGAGCCCAGAUCCCCGUAUCCGAAGGCGCCGCUAGCAUCGACUGGCUCAUACUCGACAUCGUCAAACGGAUUAUCAAGAAGUCGGCAAUGCAGGGGUACCAAAUAACGCGGUCAGUGAUUGACUUGCUCAAGCUCUGCGCCUCGAAUGGACAUCCAGAGCUAUAUGGGAGCGUCCUCAUUCGCCUUAUGGAUAAGACCGCCAUCAAUGCCGACAAUAUCUCGAACGUCCUUGUCCCCCUCAUUCCUGCACUUCGUCAGUUCCUCUUUGAUCACAAGACACCGAUUCACGCUGAACCGUUCGCCUCAUUGUUCACGACCAUCGUUGGUGCAUGGACCAAGCACAUCCUAGGGCCCAAGCCUGCGAACGCGACGUCCAAUUUGAUCACCCGACUCGAAGGGCACAGGUGCAGUUGCCGCGAGUGCACUUCCGCGUUCAAUUGGCUAGCAAACGGCAGCGGGAAGUCGCUCGCCCUCAAAGGCAUAGGUGCAACCAGCCGAAAACACCUCGAAAAGGAGCUUACGGCCUAUGCGACUGGUGCGGCGACGUGGACUAUGCUCCCCGGCAGACCGCAAGGAUUGAGGGUGGUGAAAGCUGACGCGAUCUACACGCCUGUUGAAUGGCGCGCGAGGCAUGCGAAGGGCGCUUCGAUACUGAAGUCUAUAUCCAGCGACCAACAGGAGCUACGACGCGUCUUUGGUGCGCACUAUCAGGUGAUCAUGGGUGCGCUGGAGGGCUCGCCUGCCCUGCAAAAUCAGGCUGCGAAUCUGCCUUUCAAGGCACCUGCAACUCCUGCUGCACCCGCUGCUGCUGCUGGCCCCAGCACUGGCGGAACUCAGGCAGGACAACCCGGGACGACGAGCCAGCAUGCCUCUUCGUCUGCUCCUCCGACGCGGAAGCGCAAGGCGUCGUACGAUCCGAGCACUGUUAUCGACUUAUCAAAUGAUAGUCCUUAA